AUUCGUAUAAGAGCAAAUAGUUUAAUGCAACACUAAACAGUAGACGGGCUCCAAUUGGUGUAGAUGCAUACGUGUUUACAGUUAUAAUAUAACAUGAGUGCACACACACAUACAUAAAUACAAACAAACAUACACAGAUGUGUGUAUGUAUGCAUGUGUGUCAUGUGUAUAUUGUGCUACAAAUUUGUAUCACUUUAUAACCCCAGCUGUACGUGUAUUUAUGUAUUAAUGUUUGUACAAAUAGUGUGUGUAGAUUUGUACACAAAUACAUGUACAUGCCCGAGUUAAUAUAAUCAUUGAACAUUUUGCCACAUAUCAAGAGCGAUUUCAGAAGCGUUGGCUUACAUCGCUUUUGCAAGUCUUUAUCAAAAACGAUUAUCAGCCGGCGCGUCGUCUAGUUAGUUAUAACGCAGUCAGUUGCGUACAUCAUAUGGAGGCGAGCACUCCGUGAAUACCGCAACAAUAAUCAUGUGCACCGCUGCUAACCAAAGUCAACGAUUCGCUAUAUUGGACUGCGAUGGUGGUAGUGAUGAUGCUUGGGCACUACUCCUGCUCCUCCAUGCUGAAAAGUUUGGACAUCUUCAGGUACUGGCAGUGACAACCACCGGCUGUGGCAAUACAACCUGUGAUAACGCCGCUCGCAACAUGAGACGAAUUCUGACAGCUUGCUCCAGGGAAGAUAUUCCCAUUUAUCUGGGCGCUGUUGAUCCGCUUGUGGGUAACAUCAACGCGGACAAGAAGUAUUUCCAUGGGCGCGAUGGAUUCGGGGACUGCCUAGACGCUGAUAACUGUGAAAAUGUGUCCAGUUUUGUGCAGCCACAGCAUGCAGUGACAGCUAUACGGGAACUGUGCGAGAAACGACCGCAACAGAUCACAAUUAUUGCAGUGGGACCACUUACCAAUUUGGCAUUGGGCUUCGCUAUGUAUGGUGAGCAGUUUGGGCAGAACAUCAAAGAUGUUUACAUAAUGGGCGGCAAUUAUCAGGGCGUGGGGAAUUCAUCACGCUCCGCCGAGUUUAAUUUUCACUCCGAUCCGGAGGCAGCACAUGCCGUGCUGUUAAAGUGUCGCUGUCCAAUCACCAUACUUCCAUGGGAACCGUGCACCAAGGAGCGUUUCAACAUAUCUGUUAAUUGGCGGCUGGAAGAAUUUGGUAAACAAAUGGCUGCUAUCAAGCACAAUGCCAUCGAUAUUCUCACACGGGUAGAAUACGCACAAUGGAUGCCCCUACAGCAGUAUGGAUUCGAUAAUUGGAAUCCAUGUGAUGCUUUGCUGGUGGCUGUCUGGCUCUUUGAAAAGGAAUUUGUGAAGAAGUCCAGCACUUGGCAUGCCACCGUCGAUCUUACAGGCACCCACACUCGUGGCCAAAUGGUGCUCGAUCAUUUAAAAGAGUGUGAAAAGUUUCCAGAAAAUGUGCGCAUUAUUGAACUGGCCGAUGACGAAUUCUUUAAGCAUAUUAUCGAAUGGGUAGCUGGCUUGAACAACGCAUUCGACUCAAAAUAAUUUCAAUAUAGCAAAUGUGCACCCAUUAGUAAUUACUACUAAGCUUUGUGUUGCACAUGCGUUUUUUUAAUUCUUAUGUAGUUUUAUCAAAUUAAGAUAUAGAGUUUAUUUCAAAUUCUUGAUAUUUUGCGGGCAUCGAACAUAUCGAUAAUAAAUGAAUCGACUUCCAAC